GCUAUCUGGUUGGCACUCACGUCGAGUCGGGCACUUAUAUUCGAAUUGACGUCGCACGUCUCUCGUUCUUACCUCAUUUUAUCCUCGUGGUUCAUAUUAAUCAUAUUUGCGUCAGUUUCGUUGCUAAGUUUUGUGCUCCGUCCGGUUAGAACGCGCUGUUUGAAUUAUCGGGCAGUUCGUUUUUCAAUAAGGAAGUUAGACAGUGCUUUUUUUUGUGAUGUGCAUGGAAUCAACGAGCAACUUCAAGAUGACGCUUGCCUGGGUCUGCCUCAUCGGCCUGUUGUGUUCGACGGCAGUUAAAGCAGCAUCGAAAUCGAACCUAGUGGUGGACAUCGAGCCAAAACGACCGACGGCCGUCCGAUUGGGCGAGAGCCUGCAAAUUUUGUGCAGAGUGGGUAGACCGCUUCGGGUGUGCCGUGUCGAGAUACCUGGCGAGGAAGGUGGUAUAGUGUUGUCGAAGGGACAACCGCCCGAAGACGGUAUCGAGUAUUACGGAGAAGGAACAGAGGCGGGCCAAUGCGGGGUUCGCAUAGCCAAGAUCAAGGAAAGCCACGAUGGAAUAUUCAAAUGCACCCUGACCACGACCGACAGCCGAACGGAGGAGCAGGCGUCCAUGAGGAUCAUCGUGGCCAAACCGCCGAAUAAUCCGGAGCUUCACACUAGUCAAGGAUCGGAUGGAAGAAAUAUAUAUAGGAAGGGAGAAAAAUUGGAAGUGAGUUGCAGCGCGCCAGGCGGGCGUCCAGCGGCCAACGUUUCUUUGUUCCUCGACGACGAGCCAAUCGGCAACGAGGAAAGGCCAACGAUUUACGACUCGAACGUGGACGAUAAUUCACUGGCCGUGCAAAAUGCAUCGCGCGCCUUGGACUGGACCGACAACGGGAAAGUUCUUCGAUGCGUCGCCGGUCACAUCGCCCUCGACCGGCCUAAAGAAACCACUAUGCAACUGCAGGUCUACUAUCCUCCUCAACCUCAGUCAACGAUCGAACGAUUUGGAUACGUAAUUGGACGGCAGGGAAUCGUGAACGUGACCGUUUACGCAAAUCCUAGGCCGCGUUUUUUAUGGCGUGUGAACAAUGAGAUGAUCAACGAGGGACGUCCAGAUGAAAGCAAUCGACUCGAAACCUCGACCGCUGUGGAUCUGGGAAGAGGAGCGUGGAGCGUAAUCCUGACGAUCGACAGUGUGCAAAAAUCCGACACGGAGAAGGAAUAUAUCCUGGAAGCCCGCAACGGCGAAGGAGCUUACGAAUAUCGUAUCAUUUUGUCGACAGCCACAGAACCUGCAGGCGUCGAUUUAGAUGCUGGUUCUAUCAUCGGAAUCGUGGUCGGUGCCCUGGUGCUACUUCUCAUCGUUUUCAUACUAAUUUUUGCCCGUGCGACCGGACGCUGGUGCUUCGCAGGUAACACGACGUCUAGGAAUCUUGGCGAGUCGAAAUCGCGCAGAAUCAAAGACUUUGCGGAUCCGGCAGCGAGCGUUAAUCUACUUCGUUUUGAGAAAUCGAUAAGCCAAGACGAAACGCAAAGAAGUGAUACGGAAAGUGCCGGCCGCUAUUCCAGAACGGAAGUGGAUGGAUCCCGAGAAGAACGGAAAUCGAGAAUCAGUCUGUCUAACCUAUUUAAACGCAACAAGGAUAAAGUGUCUGGCGCUGACACCGAUACCAUGAGAACUGUCGUUACAGUGGAUGAUGAGAAGCAUCAAGCAGCACCAAUUGCCCAAGGUGUUGCUAAACCAACCACGGACGAAGGAGGAAUAGUUUAUGCCGAAUUGGACUUGACGCAACAGCAACAGAAUGUUCCAAUUCGGCAUCUGAACGAGGACAAAACGGAAUACGCCGAGAUCUUAUACACGAAAACAUCGACGGAGGAACAACAGACACCCAAGGAGUAAAAUUCGUUCGAGAGAGAGAGAGAGAGAGAGAAAAUUUUGCGAAACAAUCACAAAUUUUUAUCUUUUUUUUCUUCUUCUUUUUUUUCGUGAUUAACACACAUUUGUUACGUUAUUUCGAUCCUUUUCAGUAUACGAUAAUCGUCCUUUUCGUAUAUCGUAUAUUUAGAUUUUCUACGUUUUUUAACUUAUUCUUAAUAUGAAAUGUGAGUGUACGGUGCGAAUCGUUUAAUAAGAAAGAUAGUGAUAAAAAUGAUGGUAGUACUUAAAAAAUAUUAAACACCGUAUGGUUACAUCCGACUGAAAAGGAUCUAAACGAUCUACUUAAUGUUUCUUUUUUUUUUAUUAUUAUUAUUUUUACAAAUUACUUUUAAGUUAUUUUAAAUAAUUUUAAAAUACUAAACGUACACAAGGACAUCGAAACAUCGACGGUUGAAGAGGAAUUCCAUUUUUCAUAGAUCACGCGAAAGUAAAAUCGAGAUGUAAAAUUAGGAAAACUUUGAAAAUAUUUCCAAAAAUUUUAAGAAUCAAAGAAAGAAAGAAAACUCUAUUACACGGUUUGGUACAAUCAAAAUCGGAACACUUCUCCUUUUUCUGCUUAAUUCUAAUUAAUCUUUUCACACUCGUAGAGAAUCGUUUUAAAUUUAUUCGUAGGAAGCCACGAGUUCACCGCGAGCUUAAAUUUUAAGGUGGAAAAAAGAACGAGCCUACUGGUGUUUAAUAUAUAGGUAACAUAUACCUAUAUAAAUAUAUUCGUUACCGCAGCACAUUAUUAAACCGUUUUUGCCUUCUGAUACUCGUCCAUUGCCCGUACAAGAUUGAGAAAGAUCUAACGUUCAAAGUUGAGCAAGCAAAAAUAAAAUAUAUAGUACCUCGUGCGAAAAAAAUCAAAUGGUUGACGCGGCAUCGUAAAAAGUGCAUUUUCAAUGCAACGAUUAAAACCUGAUUUAUUUCUUUCUUUCUGUCGUUGGGGAAAAGGUCAAGAAUUCCAUAGAAUUUCGCGAUAAUAAACGAAGCUGAACAAUCGAUCAAGCAAUCGAACUUUAGAAAUUAAUCAUUUGAAUAAAUUACUAUGAAUAGAAAUAUAGGGAAUAAUAGAAAUUUUUUCACUUGGAACGCGAUAAAUUUACCCGUGAAUUUACACAUUUUACAACGGAAUAAGCAAUGAUUUCUGCUUACUGUUAAAUUUCCAUCGAAUAUAUCUCUCGUGAAAGAUACAAUUUGAUUAAAAUUUAGUUCCAUUCUCUGUGGAUUUUCUUGCCUUAUAAAUUAUUCCCGCGCGAAAGGAGAAAGAUCACGGAGUUCACGUACUUAAAUUCUCUUGUUACUAUUGUUACCGCGUGCAUUUAGAGCGUAAUAAAAUAUGUAAUAUCUGUAUCGUACGUGCUGUUCGUUUGAAAGUCGCUUGAAAAGUUCGCUUCCUGCAAACUGUUACGAAUCGCAUACAAAAUCCUAACGAAUAUCUUAUCUAACGAAUCUAACGAAUUUUACGAAAGUUGAGAAAGAAUGAAAGAUAUAAAAAAAUGUAAAUGUUGAUAUAUAAACAAAAAAUUUUUUGACUCUAUAUAUAUAUAAAUAUAUAAAUAUAUAUAUACAUUUCUUCAUUGAUUUAGAAUGCACAAUAUUUUACAUUUUAUACUAUGCGAUAUAAUUGCAGAUAAUAAAAAUACGAUGCGUCGGUGUAAUUUUCGAAUCAUAUCAAACAGAACGAACCAAGCUGCUUUAAAACGAUGUAUCCUAUGUUUUGUAUAUUGUGAAUUUUCUUAUACUUACUUAAAUGAUAUAUAAUAUAUAUUUAUAUAUAUAUUAUAUAUAUAUAUAAUAAAUCCUACUAAUUUCA